AUGUUCCGCCGGGCCCGGCUCAAUGUGCGGCCCAACGUGCGGCCCGGGGUCAGGAGCGCCGGCAGCGCCGCCAGCAGCACUGCCGGCAGCGCGACAGACACGGAGCCUCAUGCCUCGGGCUCCCCGCCGGGAGCCGGAGCAGAAGCUGUGGCGGAAGCCGUGACCGAGCCCUCGCCGGCCGCUCCGCGGGUCGAGAGUGAUGACAAGGCUGAUAGAUCGAAUGGUGCUGGAGAAGCUAGUAAACCUGCAGAGAUGCCUGUGCAGAGAAGAAGACGUAUUUCCACUGUGCCCAAUCUGAAACCUAGAGCUGGACCUUCAUCUGCUCAGCGUUUAGCAUCAAAACCACUGGGGCAAGCAUCACAGGCUCCUGGAGGCAAUGCUUCACUUCAGAAGGAUUCCUCUCCAUCAGAGGACAGUAAUUCUGAAAGCUCUUUAGAGUCUCCUAUGCUGCCCAAAAAGAAAAUACCUGUACCAAAAGUGCGACAGAAUUCCCCACUGAAAAAAUCAGCAAAUGAAGAGCAAACUAUAGAUGUAACUGCUCAAAGAAAUGAUGAUACCUUGCGGAAAAAUGUACCUUCCCCACUCAAGGAGAGACCAACACAGGAAAGAUCAGGAACACAGGAGGAGAAGUUACCUGUGAAACCUGCUCGUUUAAAAGAGAAACGAGUCUGUUCUGACCGUGAAAGGGUCCUCAAAGCACAGAAGUUAAGAGAAAUGCUUAAAGAAGAGCUGAAGAAAGAACGGAUGAAACAGUUGAAACAGAAGCCUCCAAUAAUUGAGGGACGUUCUCCACCAGAUCGUUCUAAAAUGACCAUGAGAGACUUGAUAUACUAUCUGCCAGAAAACAAUCCUAUGAAGUCUUCAGUGGCAGAAGAAAAUAGAACAGAAAAAAGUUCUGCACUAAGUCAAAUGAAAGAACAGGAAGAGAAAGGUACUCCUGAUCAUGAAGAUGAGGAGGAGGAUGAUGAAGUAGAGAAUGGGGAGGAGAGUCAGGAUGGUUCACUUCUAGUUCCUCGUGUGAAAGUAGCAGAAGAUGGUUCAAUUAUUCUGGAUGAAGAAAGUUUAACUGUAGAAGUUCUAAGAACAAAAGGCCCAUGUGUUGUAGAAGAAAAUGACCCCAUCUUUGAACGUGGUUCUACAACUACAUAUUCUAGCUUCAGGAGAAGUUGUUACACAAAACCAUGGUCAAAUAAAGAAACAGACAUGUUCUUUUUAGCAAUCAGUAUGGUAGGAACAGACUUCUCCUUGAUUGGACGGCUGUUCCCUCAUAGAGACAGAGCAGAAAUUAAGAACAAGUUCAAACGUGAGGAAAAAGCUAAUGGAUGGAGAAUAGACAAAGCUUUCAAAGAAAAGCGGCCUUUUGACUUUGAAUUCUUUGCCCAGUUGCUUGAGAAGGUCUUAGCAGAUGAGGAAAAGAGGAAACAAAAGACUGUUAAAAGCCAGAAGGCAAGGGAAAAGAAGCCUCCAAGGCUUCACAAGAAGCCAAAAGGAAAAGCUGCCAGCACAGAAGCUGCUGAUGAUCAAGAUGGUUCUCAUGAAGCCAGAAUUUCUGGUGCAGAAACAGAAGCAGAUGCUGUGAUGGCUGAGAAAGAAAAUGAGGACUCUUUGGGCAUUUCUGAACAGGCAGAAGAGCAGGUUGCAUUAGAGCCAGUGUUAGCAAAAAAGAAGAGAAAGAAGAAGAAAAAAGAUGAUCUUGAACAGGAAGGGGAGAAACUGGCAGAAGAAAUGGCUGUCUCUCCAAAAAUUGCUGAAGAAGGGAAGUCCUCUAAGAAAAUAACAGAAAAAAGUGUGGUAUGUGGUGCAAACAAAGAUGAUCAUACUACCUGUAGAGAAGAACUGAACAAUGUUAUGGAAGGAAAACAAGAUGAGACUGCUGUUACAGAGGGAGAGAGAUUAGAGUCCUGUUUACCAGUGAAUGAUGUAAUGGAGAGAGAAAAUGAUGUCAACUUACCCAGCUUUGAAGAUGGCAAUGAUGUUACACUAGAAAUGGAACCUGCUAAACUGAGAACCCUAGAUACUAGAGAUGAUGUAUCACAGGAAAGCCAGAUUUCAGACUUACCAGUUUCAAAUAUCAGAAGUAAAGGACAUUCUGAAGAAACUAGAGAAACAAAGAACAAAGAAGUGUAUGACUUACAUAGACCAGAUGAAAAGCAGAGUACAUCAGAAAGCCAUUCUCAGUCUGAAAUCAUGAAAACUGAAAUGCUAGCAGGCAUAAGGUGCUUGCAAAGACCUAAACCGAAUUUAGUGAGAACAUCUGUGAAGAGAGAAGCAGCAACACAGAAGAAAACGGAGGCCGAGACUUCCUCUUCGAACCCUGUGAAUGCUGAUGAAAAGUGCUCUGAGGAAAACAGUAGAGGAAACAGAAAUGAAGCCACAGAAGCAGAGAGCAUGGUUUUGGAUACUAAGUCUGAAGAACCUGAAAAAAAUGCAAUUGCAAAGGCAGUAGUUGGAGGGUAUCGACAGAGAUUUAAGCCUAAUAUUACAAGAGCAUCUGGAAAGAAAGAAGAGCCUGAAAAAGAUGGAGGAAAUGAGACAGUGUGUCAUCGACAGCCUAAGGAGGAAACUGAAAAGAACACUGACCAGGGUGAUAGGUCUGAUGCUACCAGUGAAGAAGCUGCAGAAAAAGGUGAUAAAAUCCUGGAGACAGUGCCUCAAUCUAAUAGAACAGCUGGUUUGCAACAAGAUAGCAAAAAGAGUGUACUGAAACCAGCACCUCUAAAGAGAGUCAGAUUGCAAAGACCAAAACCAAAUCUAGGAAGAAGUGUUGCAAGACAAAAAGACCUGACAGCUGAAAAAGCUCCUGAAGAGGAGAAAACUGAAGGUGGAGAACUAGAAAAAGGUGUGAUACACCAUAAGAAUGAAAACAGCGAUCCAUGCCUUGAAAACGAUGUGACAGCUCAUACAGACACUCAGCCAGGCAGUGCAAUGUUAGAAGGGGAUGUUUCUACAGAUUCUGAGAUGAACGCAAUACAGGAAAAGUCCUCUGAAGCAGAAAGCUGUGAAAAGGGAUUGUCAGAUACCUUGAAACAGGUUCCAGAUUCUAAUACAAGGGAGUCUGGUCCUCAGAAGGAAGAGGAGAAACCUGUUGUGUCGUCAGUACUAAAGAAUCGAUUCCAGAGACCAAAGCCAAAUUUAAAUAUGGCAACUAGUAGAAAGAAAGCAUUGGAUGUAAAUAAUACAGGUGUAUCACAGGAAGAUACCUACAUGGAAGGAAGUUUGACACAGUGUGACAGUGAAUGUAGCAUCCUUCCUGAUACAGAUAAUGGAGGAAAACAGAAAGUCCUGCAACCAUUGGAACUCUUAGGAAAGGAGAAGUUUGGCUCUCAGGAGGUUUCUGAGAGCUCAAGCUGUAAGCCCCCAGAGAAAAUUUCAAGAUCAGAGGAUGGUGAACUCACGUCUCAUCUACCCAAAAUUAGCCAAGAUGACACGUCAGCCACUAAUGCAGACAAAAAUAGCACUGGAGAAUGUAAACAAACACCUCUUCAACCUGCCCAGCUAGUACGGCGCAGAUUCCAGAGGUACAAGCCAAACUUGGUAAGAGCUGUUGUAAGGAGGGAAUUACAAAUAUCAGAAAAGAAGAUGGAGAAAAAUCCUGAAGCAGAGCAGUCAGUAUUGCAAGAAGACGAGUCUGCCAGUUCUCUCGUCGGUAAAAAUGAAGCUGUAUUGUGUCAAGCAGAUGUAUUGAGCAAAGAGGAACAGAAACAGGAAGAGGUACCUCAGGUGCCCUGUAUUUCUGAAAGCACAUUAUGUGAACAAAGCAGUGCUGAAAAAUCGACUUCCCAAGAAGGCAAGCUGGGUGCUCUGGCAUCAGGACAAUUCAUAAGGAAAACAUUUCCAAGAAUUAGACCGAACCUAAAAAGAGCUUAUAGGGAAAAAGAAUCUCCAGUGACACAAACCCCUGCUGCUCCAGUUGCGGAAGAAGCAAAUAAAGGAGAAAAUCUGCCUGUGGCAGGAGAAUCUGAGGAACCUCCUUCUUCAAAAGAUGACAUGGAAGUACUGCUGUCUGUGGGGAGUUUGGCCAAGGAUGACAAUCUAGACAUAAAUCAGAAAAGAAGGAAGUCAGAAACACUCCGUUCCUCUAAAAUGCCACCUAACUGCCACAAUAAGGAAGAACAACAGCUAUCUGAAGAUACAAUAGGAAGCAUUCAGGAUACCUCAGAAAGAAGGCAGUCCAGGAGGCCAUCGAAACAGAUAAUGCUGCCAAAACAUGUCUCUGAGCCAAGAACUGCUGCCUCUUCUUCCUCUGAAUGUGAGGCUGAUUGCAGGGAGAAGGGGAAUCAAAGGCAAGAAGUUAAACUGAGUGUUACUAGAGGCAAAAGUUUGAAAGCUAUACAUAGAAAGAAAUCUGUGAAGGAGCACAAAAGUUCAAAGAUAACCUUGGUGACCCUCCGGGCUUCUCAAGAGGAGGAAGAGGAGGAGGAGGAGGAGGCAGCAGAUGACUUUGAGCAUGAUGAUGAAGAUGAAUGCUUUGCACCGGAAGAAGUAAACAAAGCUCCAGUGUUUGUUCCUAAAGGUCUUCGAUCUCCAGAACCUAUUCCUGUUCAGAUAGAGGAAACCAUGGAGGAGCUGGAAAUACCUGUGAAUAUACCAGAUGUGCGGGUGGCUGCUGAUGCUGAAAGUCUCUCUUGUGCAUCUGUCUAUCGAGUGGUACAGAGGGAGGAAAAACUAAGCACAUCAAUGGCAGAAACAACCAUGCAUGAAAAUCCAGAGGUGGACAAAGGAAUUAAUGAUGGAAGCACUGAAGCUGCUAUGACUUUACUUGCAAUGGGUGAUCCAAUGUUCCAGUUAAAAACAAGUACUGAAGAACGAACACAUAUGUUACCCACUCAAGAUGAGUUGGAUGUGGCCAGUAGCUCUGCCUGCUCCAGAGACGAGAGAAUUUCUAGUCAUCAUUUGCUUUCUUCGGACACUUCUACCAAGGAAUUGGUCCCUUUUGAGGAUGAAAGCAACAUUAACGUAGAGAAUCAGAGAACUGGCACAAGAACAGAUGUCAAAGAAUAUUUUGAGAAAAAUGCUACAUAUACCAGUGAUAGCUCUUUGCCUACAGUGAAUAGUGUGAGACUGACAAGAGGUGGGCUCUUAGCGCCUGGGCCAGCCUUUGGAGUAUUGACAUCCAGUGACAACAUAAUUCAGAAGUCACUUACUACAAAUAUACUUGUGGAACAACCAGAGCAAAUUCAAAGUGAGUCUACAACCCUGACAGGUACUGCAGAAAUGCAGAAGGUGGAACUAGAACAGGUCAGACCAGCUACAGAUGAUUCUUCAAUUUUUCAUGACCUUGCAACUAAAAGUGUGGAACUUAACAAGCAAGCACACAAAAUUGAGAGAACAGAUAAAGACAUGAGAGAUGCUCAUGGAAAAUCAGGAGAAUUGCGAACUACAUCACCAACACCUGAAAAGUCUCACCUUGGACUAGAGGACUGUCCAAAUCAGAGUUCUGUGGAUGGACUUCCCGAGCAAAAUCUUUAUCCUUCUGAGAACAGUAUGUGCACAAUCAACUUUACUCAGAAUGAAGCUUGUGCUCAGGAUGAUCAACAACAAUGGAUAAGCAGAACAGAAGAGACUUCAGUGAACAAUGAUCAUAGAUAUCCAGAGGAGGAACAUACAUUCAUUUUAACAUUGGUGGAAAUUCCAGCUGAUUCAAAAGAGUUUGAUGCAUCUGUUUUGCUGGAACAAACUUCAGAACCACUACCAGCCCCAAUACUUAUCAGCCCAAAAGAUGCAAGGAAAACAAGUGUGACUGAAGAGGAGAGUAUUGGAUCCUCAAUAACUGCAGCUGAUGAAUUUACUGCACCUUUAAACAGCAAUAUGGAAACUGAACAACUAGAGAGUGCAUCAGUGGAGCCUGUCCCAAAUUUACAGACAACUCGGAAAAGAUCAGCUGCUAACCUUGAAGAGAAUGAUUUUCCUUCAGCCAAGAAAAUUCUCUCUACUGUUGUAGUGGAAGAUAACUUGGAAACCACUUAUGAGACUCAUUCAAUUAAAUCCACAAAUGCUCCAGUGGUAACUUCAGGGAAUCCUUUUCAAAAGACAGAGGCUUCAGCAAAAGAGAAAGUACCUCCCUCUGUGCUGGUAUCCAAAUCUAUGUCACCACUGGCUGACAGGAGCCAACUUGAGACUUUGGAGAAUACAGCAUCCAGAGAGAAAGAGGAAGUGGUGUCUAGAUUGUCCCCUAACAGAAAAGCAGAAAUAAGUGGACAAGGGAAGCAGGGGGAAGUGCAUGAAUCUGAACAGGUGGAACAUGCUGGAAGCCUAGCAUCAUCUUCAAAAACUCCAUUAGUCAGACGUGGACGAAAACCGUUGGGAUUUUUAUCUUUAAUUUGCACAAAAAGUAGUUCUGAGGCUGCAGAAAAUUCCAAAAGGAAUAGAGGGAAGAUCCCAAAACCUCGGCUUGUGAGUCCAAAGCGAAACCCAAAAAACCACACUCCAUCUCCUAAGGACGACAGGGAAUCUUGUUCUCUUCCCUCUACAAGCGCAUCAUCAUCUGUGGAGUAUGAGAAUAUAGCUGCUGAUGCUGCAGUUCCAGUUCCAAGUAACAAGCCACCUGAGAAGCCACCCCUUUGUGAUAAAGAUCAAGAGAAGGAGGAAGAACCAACCAGAAUCUCCGAGUAUUUUUUCAGUGACAUCUUUAUGGAAGUGGAUGAUUCAGAAUAGCAAGUCAGCUUUAUAAAAACCUAGGAUCUGAGAGUGUAAUGCAGCAAGAAAAGAGUAUUUUUUCAAAGUUCUUAUGUCGAUUAUACCACACUUUAUGUCAGCCAAGGUGGUUUUAAUUCCAUAAAGGUGAAAUGUAUUUCUUCUGAAGCCGCCUGGAUACUUCUAAAAUGUUGAUAUAAUCUAAACCUCUACAUUGAUGUCAUUGUACCAAAGCAGCACCUGGUAGCUUGUAGUUUCACUUUAGAUACUGAUAAUGGAUGCAUGACUAUCUUCGAGAAAAGUGCAAUGAAAAAAUGCUUAAUUUUUGUGACAAGUAUCCUUUUGAAUUUUAAUGAUAAAGCUUGUGGUACUGGCUGUACAAGUUCUUUACUUCUUUUUGUGAAGUAUGUUACGUUAGUGUGUUAGAAGGAGGAAUGAACCUUUUAUCUUUAGUGUAAUCUCCGUAGAUAAAGAUGCAAAUACUGGAAGUAGUGUAGUAAAUACAUAGGUAUGUUCAGCACUGCAGGUAUUUUUAUUAACAUCUUCAAAUGAUGUAUUUUUAUAAGUGUUUUUAACCACAUUAAUUGAAAGAUCCUAGCUGAAAAGCCAAAUAGGUUUAGUUCUUUAAAAAGUUAUUCAGAAUAACUGGAAAAACACAAUUUAUUAAAAAUGCCAUGCAGCAUUAAUUUUUGCAGCAGUCCUGUUGGAGUUGGAGGAAGAGGUUAAUCUUUCCUAAUACAGAUGCUAAUUUCCUUCUAAAUAUGAAAACAAGGGGAUAAAUACCAUUUCUUUUCUUUGGUUUUAUGUGUAGGUGUUUGUGUAUCUGCUGAUUUCCUUGGUUUCCCUUGUGCAAAGUAGUGCAAAGAGGCAGGAUUUACAUCAUGAUUAGAUAAUGUGAUUGCUUUGAGGAUUUGCUACUUUGAAGGAGUAGGAUUUGAAUGGUUUUCUUCAUGUUGGAUGUCUGCUUGUGCUGCAACUCACUAUAAAAUGGUGAUGCAGUUUUAUGACUUUUUUACUUGCCUCGUCAAGAAGAUUGUCUUCUUGAGGCAAUAAGGUUCAUGCAGUCUCAAAGUCAGAUGGUCACCCACAUGUCAGUAUUUAUUCUGAAACUGCUUCUUGCACAAAAAUGAGUGUGGAGAGUUAAGCACUCUACAUUUUUCUCCUGUUACUUCAUACCAGCAAGUACUUUUGCAAAACAAAUUAUUUAUUACUAAACCGAUGUUUAAAUGGUAUUGUUAUGCUUUUAAGGAGCAUAACAAACCAACCUAUCUUCAGCUUUGGACUGGAUGAUCAUUUACUGGCAGAGAUUUUCAUAUAAGUAGUUUAAGUACUUGUGAGACUGCUUGUCUUUUCAGAAGGCAAGGCUUCUAAAGGAAUCUUUGAAAUUUUGUCCAUGAGAAAAAAUAAACAGAAAAGCUAUUGUUACUCCAAAUUUCUACAUUAGCAGGCGUCAGUCAAUCAAAUGUGUCUAGCAGAAGUAUCUUCUUGAAGUGAUGGAAAAGGGACUAACAGUCCCACUGUGAACUUACUUGAAACCAUACUCUCAAUCCCCCUAACCAUCCAAAAGACCCCAAAACCACCCAUCACCAUCAGUUUAUGUUCAGAUAGUAUCUUGUCCUUUGCCUAAUCCAUACAACUUGAAAUGUUUAUCUAAAUAUUGUCUUACUUGUAAAUGUUAAAACAUAGAUUGAUCUACACAUAAAGGGCCAUGUAUUGUAUAUCUUGCAGAUAUUAUUUUAUGUAUGAGUUAGAUUCCAGAUACAUGUGGCUUGUUUAAAUCACUUGCACUUACAAGGGACUAGAACAGAUUUGUGGGGCGUCACUAUAAAAUAAUUGCCCUAAAUACUUUGAAGUGAUAACCAUUCCACAUUUAGGUCUAUACAUUUUAGCUUGCAUUCUUAUUACAAGAUAAAAAACCACCCAACUAUUUCAUUACUAAUAAUUAAGGUGCCUUAUCUACCUGUUAGUUUGGGCUACACACACAUUUUUUUCCCCUGCAGUUAGUCACAUGCACUUUGUUAGAGGGUUUUGGGUUUGUUUGGGUUUUUUUUUCCUUAAGAACAAAUUUAAUUUGAAUAAGGAUAUGACCACUUUGUGUUCUGUUUGUGUAUGAAAGUUUUAUAAUGGUGAAGUUAGGUAAGAAAAUGUAGAAAUCUCAAUCCCUAUUAGUUUAGCAUUUCUGUGAAAAUGUGGCAUAAGACUUCUUUGCUUGGAGUUGUCCAACACCCUUUAUCGCUGCUUAUAUCUGUUUCAAAGAAAGUAGUCAUAUUCUCUGCUAUGAAUUAUGUGAAUAAAUUAUUUUAUAUUGCCUCUGUA